GCAGGCGCUACAUUUGGAACCAGGCGCACGACACGGGUCACAUGACCGCGGACGAGGUAGAGACGUGGGUGCGUGCCAUGGAGUCAGUGGGAGUGAUCGCCGACAGUGCAGCGCCUCUGCUCCUCGCGGCCGUCGUCGCCGUCUUCCUCGCCGGUACGCUGGUCAGGAGGCAUGGCGGGCAUGCCAAGAACGGCCGCCUCCCCCCGAGCCCCGUGGCGCUGCCGCUGAUCGGCCACCUCCACCUGAUCCGCGAGCCCCCGCACCGCGCCUUCCACCGCAUCCUCGCCCGCCACGGCCCGCUCGUCCACCUCCGCCUCGGCCCCUCCACGCACUGCGUCGUCGUCGGCUCCGCGGACGCCGCCCGCGACGUGCUCAAGUUCGAGGGCAGCAUCCCGGAGCGCCCCCAGACGGCCGUCACGCGGCAGCUCGCCUACGGCGCCUCCGGCUUCGCCUUCGCGCCCUACGGCCCGCACUGGCGCUUCAUGAAGCGCCUCUGCAUGUCGGAGCUGCUCGGCCCGCGCACCAUCGACCUGCUCCGCCCUGUCCGCGCCGCCGAGCUCGCCGGCGUCAUGGGGGCGGCCGCCGCGGCGGCCGCGAGCCGCGAGGCGCUGGACGUGAGCGGGCAGCUCAUCCGGCUGUCCAACAACGCCAUGAUGCGGAUGGUCGCCAGCGCGCUGCCCGGCGACAUGGCCGACCUGGCCCGCGACUGCGCCAAGCAGGUGGCGGAGCUGGUCGGCGCCUUCAACCUCGAGGACUACGUGGCGCUGUUCCGCGGCUGGGACCUGCAGGGGCUGUCCCGGCGGACGCGCGGCGUGCACGCCCGGUUCGACGCGCUGCUCGAGUCCAUCAUCCGGGCCAAGGAGAAGCAGCGGCGCGACGGGGCCGACGGGGGCAAGACCAAGGACCUGCUCGACAUCCUCAUGGACGCCGCCGCGGACCCGGCCGCCGAGGUCAAGCUCACCCGGGACAACAUCAAGGCGUUCGUCCUCGACAUCUUCACGGCCGGGUCGGACACGACGGCGACGACCGUGGAGUGGAUGCUGGCGGAGCUGCUGACCCACCCGGACUGCAUGCGGAAGCUGCGGGCGGAGCUGGACGCCGUGGUGGGGAGGUCCCGGGUGGUGGGCGAGCCGGACGUGGCGCAGAUGCCGUACCUGCAGGCGGUGCUCAAGGAGACGCUGCGGCUGCGGCCGCCGGCGGUGAUCGCGCACCGGGAGGCGGUGGAGCCGAUCCGCGUGCGCGGGUACACCAUCCCGGCCGGGACGUCCGUCUUCUUCAACAUCUACUCCAUCGGGCGCGACGCGGCGUGGUGGGAGGACCCGCUGGAGUUCCGGCCGGAGCGGUUCAUGCCGGGCGGGGCCGGCGAGGGCGUGGACCCCAAGGGGCAGCACCCGCAGCUGAUGCCGUUCGGGAGCGGCCGGCGCGCGUGCCCCGGCAUGGGCAUGGCCCUGCUGGCCGUGCCGGCGUUCCUGGCGGCCCUGGUGCAGUGCUUCGACUGGGAGGUGCCCGCCCCGCCGCUGGACAUGGAGGAGGGCGAGGGGCUCGUCAUCCCGAGGAAGCAGCCGCUGCUGCUCCGGCCGACGCUCCGCCUCGGCCAUCUGCCCCUGCCCUAGAUGCCUCCAUUGAUGCAUCAUGCAUGCAUCCACCCAGCUCCUAGGGCUAGGAUCAGAUCAACUCGUAUCGAGCAUUUCAUCUCGUGCUCCAGUGUGUGCAUGCUUUGCUCGCCAUGGUAGAAAAACAACCGAGUUUUCUGUGCGUACUGUUUUGUAUUGUAACCUGAGUUAUGUGUUCUACUUGUUUCUGUUGUGGAUGCAAUAUGCUAGAUUUUCAAAAUUUUCAAUCA